UACAGCUUGGAGAUCACGCUUGUACCAUGCUACUUCAUAACAUUUUUUUCUGAUGUAUCAGAUGCACACGUGCGUCCGUCCAUCCAUCCAUGAGUAUCUGUCAUGUUCCUGGCAGGUGGUGCGAGCCGAACUCGCCAUUUUUGUAGUGCGGCUUCAAGAGAGGCGAGCUGCACAAGGCAGCAGACCGUGCGCGCUAUGUUCCGUCGCCUUACCCGCAGUUCCACUUGGGGGUCGUCCUUCAGCGCUAGGGAGACAGCGGCGGUGGAGCAGCUGGUGGCCGCCCGCGCGGCGGUGCAGCAGGAAAGCUUAGCAGACGCCGAAGGCGAGGGCUACGCCUCUUGUGCUGGGAUCCUCGGCUGCCUCGAGCAGCUCGCCCUCGCGCUGGGCCUGGAGGCCGCCGACAGGGGCUACCGCAGCAGGUUCUCGGCCAACUACCGGGCGCUGUUCCCCGACGGGGCGCGCCGCUACCGUGCCGAUGUCCUGGAGGCCAGUGCCGAUCAGCACGCAGCGAUCUGGGUCAACGGUGAGAAAUUCGAGCUCAGCGCCGAGGCCGUAUCGUGCGCGGACGCCCUCCAGCAGGCCUGGGCAGCUGUGGGCGCCUUGCUGGACAGAUGGUCGGACAGCAACCCGGCCCGGCCUUCAAGGCAGGACUUGGACACGGCGUUGAAUUCGCUCGACGUUGCGUGGGCGAAGUUCGAGGAGCGAUACGUCUCCGAGCUCAUCGUCAUCGAGACGCGCGCGCGGAGCGUGCUGCUGCAGGCCAUCGAGCAGGAGUCGGCGCUGGGCCGCAUCGGAAUGCGGCGGUACAGCCCAGACUUCCGCGAGGCCCAGCAUCGCCUGGCAGGGAGCAUCGCCCGCCUCAAAUGUCUUUCGGCGACAGCCUUGCCGAGCCUCCAAGAAGGGCGCGACGACCUCGCGGGGGAUAUCCUGGAUAGUGCGCAGGCGGUCCUGAGGCGGGUCGACACGAGCAAUGAGCCGGACAUGGCCCUCAAGGCCGUCCGCUGCCUCGCGGCCGACGUCGUGGAGUCGUUCGAAGCGAUGCGCAAGUACCUCCGGGAGGUGAGCCGCUGCUUGGAGCGCGUCGACCCCCAUUUGUGCAACAACAGCGGCCUGGUGGCGCGUCUUGUCGAUUGGGAGGAGAGCUGGGAGAUCGGGGCCAAGUACGUGCGGGACGAGCAGCUCCUAGACGCUGUCUGCGACACCGUCGUGCAGGUGAAAGCGUCCCAGGAGCUCUCGCCCAGUCUGGAGGAGAUGUUCGUGGACUGCGACGCUGAGCUCUUCCUCGUGCUGCCGCGGCUGGUGUGGAUUUACUACAUUGCAGGGCCCAGCCAGCCCUGCGCUGGGCUUGUGCGGCACCUCCUGCCGCAUCGCUUCGAGGCCGCCUCGACGCCUCCGCGGGCGGAAGAGAAGCUCCAGAAUUUCGUGAACCACUUCGGCAGGGUGGUACAGCAGCUCGGCAACUCGAGGCUCGCGUACGGACUCGCCCCAGUAGUCCGCGAUUGGGCUGCGACUGGCCUGUACGCCGCCAACCUCUGGACAUCUCUCCGCAGGGAUUGCCACUGCACGUGCACCUUCACAGGGCUUCCCGACCUGCUGAAGACGGUCCGCCAGGGGGACAAGCUAUACUGUCUGUACAGCCUGGAGGACCGUCUGUUCCACGAGAGGCUUCUGUGCGGCCACGUGGACGGCUCACGGUGGGUGGUGGCGACGCCUGAUGCAGACGUGUACGUGGGAAACUUCGCCGACGAGGAUCACGUGGAGAUCCACCGAGCUGGCCCUCGAGGGGGAGCCCCGCCUCAGCUGCGCAAGAAGAUGCUGUACCGUUUCGACCUGGACGAGCAGGCUCUGGCCGCCCUCCUGAGCGAGGGGGCGCAGCUGGCGGAGUCUGAGCGCCGCGAGGCCGGCCGCGACUCAGUGGCGGUGGCGCCCGGGGUGGUCCGCCGGCUCCGUGGGAAGCAGCACGCACUCCCGGAGAUGGCGGCCGGUGGCACGGACACGCCGCGUGGUUCCGAGGUCGACCUGGCGGCUGGCGCUUCGGAGCCGCCGCUGCCACCGCCGAGCCACGCUCCCCCGCCUCGCGCGGGCGCCGGCGGUGGGCCCCUGCCGCCAGUGCAGCUGGACGACGGCUGGGUCGCCCUGGAGUCGCGGCUGGGCUUCAGGCGGGGUUCGCCAGUGGACGUGGCGUUCGCCUCCGUCUACGCCCUGGACGACCGCGCCUUGGCCUCGUUCCCGGAGGGGGUCAUCGCGCUGGGACGAGUGGGGGCCCUCCCCGAGGAGGCGCCGCUCUCUCCACGGGACGCGCGGGAUGAAGUCCUGGACGAGCGCAUCCUGAGGUACCGGAGGAGCGGUACGGGCCAGCGGCGGCGCGCCUUCGCGGAGGUGGUGGCCGAGCAGCGCGAGGUGCUCAGCACUCAGGAGUGGCGCGUGCAGGGGCCCGCUACCAUCGGCUGGCUGCUUCAGGCGCAUCUGGAGCAGGGUAACGGGCCCGUCCAGCGGCACUACUGGUGGCGUCAGAUCCUGGGGCUGGCGGCUGCCGACCCCGGGGUCGACGAGCAUUUGUUCCUGUGCGAGCUGAUCGAGACGGCCUCCACGGCCGACCAGCUCAACCUCCCUGGCGUUCGAGCUGGCAGCCAGGUCGAGGUCUCAGGCACGGCGGGGGCCACGGCAGACUCGGACGGCUGGCUGGGCGAGCGCAGGAUCUUCCUCGGCGGCUCCCGCUCCAAGGGCCAUGCUCUCGUGGCGCCAUCCUUGGAGAAGCACGUGGCGGAGAAGAUGCAGGAGGAGAGCGCCAUCCUCAAGGAGAGGCGCAAGGGCAGAGAGGGGAGGGCCGCCACUGCGGUGGCGAUGGCGGCCUCGGCGCAAGGAGUCUCGGACACUGGCAUCGCGCGCGACGUCCUGCCCCUCCCGCUGGGCGUGACGCUCGACGAGCCGCUGCAAGGUGCGGCGGCACGCCUUCUGCCGCACGGCGGCGGUCGGCGCGGGCGGCAGCGCAGGCAUCAGGAGGUCUGGCUGCGCGAGGGCAUCGCCACGCUGAACGACCUUGGUGGGCGCGGGGUGGAUGCCCCCGCGGGGGCCCCUGCGGCCUGCCAGGUCGCCGCCGUGCGGCGCCUCGCACAGCUCUACGGCAGGGUGGAGCCGCCGCCGUCCGACCUGACUCCCCUGGGGGCGUGGCAGACGCUCCAGGAUUCGCGGAACGGCUAUACAGACGUCGUGGCCGAAGGUGCUUCGACAACCUACAGGAAGGGGGCCAUGGAGCUCCCGCGGGCUGCGGCGGGGCGGGCACGGCUUGCUGACGUCCUGCCGCCGCACCUGCAGUCUCUCUUGUGUGACUCGUCGCAGAUGUUACGAGAGCCGGAGGCUCGCAAUUUUGCUUUGGGUGAGGCUCCCAGGGUCUGCGCCAUGGACCCAGUGUUGCAGCGGCAUGGCUAUCAGUAUGGCGAGUGCCUCUCCGAGCUGCUCUCUGCGGGCAUCAUUGAGCCUGCUGCCGAGGACAGCAUCAUCGAGCGCGCUGGCAUCUUUUUCGUCCCAAAGAAGGACUCGUCGCUGCGGCUGAUCUUCGACACCAGAAGGUCUAAUGUCCAUUUCCAGGAUCCUCCCUACACGCUGCUCGCGAGCGGGGAGGCCCUGGCGAACUUGGAGGUCGACGCUGCUGGAGGGAUUGCUGUGGCCUCUGGUGACGUCGAGUGCUGCUUCUACCAGUACGAGCUGCCGUCGUGGGCACGUGCCUUCUUCGGUCUGCCAGCGGUCCAAGCAAGCUUCUUGGAUUCGGCUGCCCGCCAGCGCCUGGGGGGUUCAGACCCCUCGGAGAUGACCCACUUCGUUGCCAGAGUGGUCCCCAUGGGCUGGUCGUGGGCCGUGCACCUCACUCAAGAGGCCCAUGCCCAUGUCCUGAGCACCAUCAGCCCGGAUGCGCCCUGGAUCGCGGACAAGGUGCCCACACCGGCGCUGGGGACUCAGUGCUCCACCGCCAAGAUGCUGUACAUCGACAACGUCGCAGUCUUCACGUCCGGCAGCGGCGACCCCGCGCUGGAGGUGGAGCGCAUGCUGGCCGCCCUGGGCGCGCGGGGGAUUCAGGCUUCCUUUGACCGCGAUGAUGGGGACAUGCACACCCUGCUCGGCUUCGUGCUCCACAAGCCCUCGGCCACCUGGCGCCUGUCGCACAGCAAGUUUUGGCGGCUGAAGUUUAGCCUCGAUUUUGCACUGGCACCUGGGCGUCUUGUCACGGGGCGCGAGCUCGAGAGGCUGAUGGGCCACAUCACCGCGGCGGUCAUGCUGCAGCGGCACAUGCUCUCGCUCUUCCAUGCGAUCUACGAGUUUUGCAGGCGGUCGCGCGACAAGCGGCAGCCUCUCUGGUCGUCGGUGAAGCGGGAGCUCACGUGGUUCAGAGCGCUGCUUCCCUGCGCGACCGUUUCGCUGAGCCGCCCCUGGUGCGAACGGGUCACCGCCACGGACGCCCCUCCAUGGGGGUUUGGCGUGGUGGAGCAGCCGUGGCCCAUCAGUGAUGUUCGGCGAGUUGGCAGCCUUUCGGAGCGCAGUCGCUUCAGAGGAGUUCUGACGGCGGAUUAUGCCCCCAGGGACACGCUGGUCGAACAGCAGCUCCUGCACGCCACGGCGGCCGAGGUCACCGCGGAGGGCACCCUGACCCACUUUGAGGAGGUGCCGGCAGCGCGGCUCUUGGCAGACCCUUGGGCGGUCGCGGCCGCCCGUCGCUGGCGGCGGGCCGCGGCCAUCCACGUCCUGGAGGCUGAGGGGGCGCGCUGGGCUGUGCGGCGCCUCGCGCGCAACUCGCAGCUGCAUGGACAUCGGCACCUCAUCCUGGGUGACAACCUCGGGGUGUUGUGCGCGUGUGACAAGGGCAGAGCUGCACACUUUGCACUCAACGUAAUUUGUCGGGAGAUCUGCGCUAUCUCAGUCGCCUCUGGGAUGCAGCUCAGGUUCAGGUGGAUCUCAUCAGAGCUCAACCCGGGCGACGCUCCCUCUCGCAGGUUCAUGCCAGGCGCAAGGAAGCACCACGUUGUCGGACAGUGCAGCACACCCCCAGGCCUGGAGGAGUUCGGCACACAUCACGCUGGGCCUCUGUCCGGAGACAUCGGCUCGAGGGAACACUACAAUGCCAACGACGGUCUACUCGGUCAGCCCCGCCUACGGCAAGCACGCCCGCGAUGCAGCGGAGCCCAGGCCGGCGCCGACCACCCUGCGCGCCUCCGACUGGCGCGGCGGGCACGGGCCGCCAGGCCCUUCGGGCUCCCGCCCGGGCUGGACAUCCCAGGCGCCGCUGAGCGACAGGCCCGCAGAGGUCUGUUCGCGGCGGGCGCCGCUGUGUCUGCGGCGCUCGCGACUGGCGGCGCGUCGGGCGCGACACGUCAAUUGGCGCUGACCACGCGCUCGGGCUCGCCGCGGCUGCUGGCGCUGCCGGGCUGGAUCCCCGCGCAGUCGGACGAGACGCCGGUGGACUACUCCGAGUGGGCCUUCGACCGCGACAUGGGCCAGGAGGCAUCCCCUCGCACCCGCUGCGCCUUGGCUGGGGGCGAGCCCGCGCUGGGAAGGCCCGUUCGGCGCCUCUUUCCCUCGGCGAACGCGUCGCUGUCAGGCGGGACGCAGCGCCCGUCGGGCCACUCCCGCCAGCCGCUGCCGCGGGCGCCUGCGCGCGCGAUGGCGGCCGUGCUGGCCUCGCGGGGGAAGCCAGACUCGGGGCGGUGCGUCUUGGUGACCGUCGAGUACGACCUGAGCCCGUCGGAGACCACGACCUUGCUGGCCAUGCAGUUUCCGCCAGGCAGGUGCAGAGUGGUCGGAGGGCUGCAGCAACCCCUCCUGCUCCUGCACCCAGAGGGACUUACUACCAGCUUCAGGACGGGCGAAUUCGACUCCACAGUGGGGCCCGACCUUCAUCGACGUCACUGGAUUGGGCGCGCUGUCGCGCAGCUGCAGCUGCUUCGUCGCGGGGACGAGCUGCUGUCCGCGAGCUCGCACCCGCAGCGCCUGGCCGACUUCCAUGUUGCUUGUCAAUACCUCAAGCUCGAAGGUUUGGACUGCUCGCCGCACUUCCUGAGGCACGGCGACGCGACAUACGUCUGCGUUGCAGGGUACCGCGCACUGCUGGAGGUGCGGAGGCGAGAAACGUGGAGGACGACUUCGUCAGUUCGGAGGUACGACAAGGCCGGUCGGCGGGCGGUGGUCAGGCAGGCCCUCAGCAGCGCCCAGAGGAGAAGCUGCGAGAGCUGGGCGGCAGCCGCCCCGCAGCUCUUCGACAUCGCCUACGUGCUGCCCUCCGCGCCGGCCGCCUUGGCGAGCGGCGGGCGUUCCUGGAUCUCUUCUCAGGAGCACCUGCGAGGCCUGCCAGGCCUGGAGGGCGCCGACUAUCACGAUGUCGUUACCUCGAACAAGCUGGCUGACAGAGUCGCACUCUUGCUAGGUGUCGACGUCGUCGGGGGUGUCGGAGGCGUCUUUCCCAUCGUCGUUGACGUCGACGUCCCGAGAGGCGCCCUCGGGCAAGGAGCCGACCUCCUGCCGCCGGGGGGCGCGGGACCGCCGGCGGAGCAGCCUGGCGCGCAGGGGCCCACCUGCCUGGCCUCGGGCGGCGUCUGCCGCGUCCCGGCGGAGGAUGGCCCGAUCGGCUGCCUGGCAGGCGAGGAGGUGCAGGAGUACCCGGAGCCCUGCGCCAGCGGCUGCGGCUACUGGCGGGGCCCCUGUGGCCAGCUCUGCUGCGUGCCCUCCGCCAGCGGCCUCCUGGCGGCCCACGCGGGGGGCGCGUCGGGCACGGGGUUCCCGCAGGAGCAGCAGGGGCAGGGCCACACGGCGCUGGAGGCCGCGUGCCUCCUCGGCACCUGCGCGCUGGGGCUGGCGCUGUGCCACUACACCCGGCGCCGCCAGGUGCGCGACCAGCCGCUCAUGGCCGAGUAG